AUGGAGGGUGAAACAUCUGGUGCCCACAAUGAAAAACCCAAUGACAAAACUGAGUCUCCAACCAUAGGUAAUACCAAUGCACUUCCUCCUAAGCAUCCUAAAAAGAAAAAAUCUGAAGUUUGGGAUCACUUUUCAAUGAUGGGUGAUUGUGAUCCUAAUAACCCUAGAGCAGCAUGUAAUUACUGUGGUAAAAACUAUGGAUGUCGUGGGAAAAGGGAUGGGACUAGUAAUUUAUGGAAUCAUCUUUAUAAUCAACGCCCCACAUCCCCUUAUAAGGUCGUAGACAAAAAACAAAAGACACUUUGUUUUCUUAAAAAAGAAGAAGGGCAAUCUACUCUUAAAGCAGUGGGGUUUAGUGAAAAAAUUGCUAGGAAUGCCCUAGCAAAGAUGAUAAUUGUUGAUGAGUUACCUUUUAGGCAUGUAGAGAAGGAAGGCUUUAAGUUUUUUGUUGAGGUUUUGGAACCUAGGUUCACUAUCCCUUGUCGCACCCUGUUGCUCGUGAUUGUAUGA